AUGCCGACAGUUACUUUGCCGCCAAAAGAGAACGCUCUCUUCAAGAGGAUUUUGCGAUGUUACGAACACAAGCAGUACAGAAAUGGGCUCAAGUUCUGCAAACAAAUUCUAUCCAACCCUAAGUUUGCAGAACAUGGAGAGACCCUGGCGAUGAAGGGACUGACCCUGAACUGUCUGGGGAAGAAGGAGGAUGCCUACGACCUGGUGAGAAGAGGCCUGCGCAAUGACCUCAAGAGUCACGUCUGCUGGCAUGUAUAUGGACUACUGCAGCGUUCGGACAAGAAGUACGACGAGGCCAUCAAGUGUUACCGCAACGCUCUGAAGUGGGACAAGGACAACCUGCAGAUCCUCCGAGACCUGUCCCUGCUGCAGAUCCAGAUGAGAGACCUGGAGGGCUACAGGGAGACACGGUACCAGUUGCUGCAGCUGCGUCCAGCGCAACGGGCCUCCUGGAUCGGCUACGCUAUCGCCUAUCACCUCCUGGAAGACUACGAGAUGGCUGCAAAGAUCAUUGAGGAGUUCCGGAAAACACAACAGACGUCUCCAGACAAAGUGGACUACGAGUACAGCGAGCUCCUGCUGUACCAGAACCAGGUGCUGAGGGAAGCAGGCCUGUACAAGGAGGCCCUGGAACAUCUGUCCAACUACGAGAAGCAGAUCUGUGAUAAACUGGCUGUGGAGGAGACACGAGGAGAGUUGCUGUUGAAGUUGGAGCGUCUGGAUGAGGCGACACAAGUCUACCGCCGUCUGCAGGAGAGAAAUCCUGAGAACUGGUCCUAUUACCGUGGCUUGGAAAAUGCUUUAAAGCCCGGCGGUGUAGAAGACAGACAAAAGAUCUACGAAGACGCCUGGGAGAAGUUCCCCAAAGGACUGGUUCCUCGCCGGCUGCCCCUCAACUUCCUCUUGGGUGAGAAGUUCAGAGAGUGUCUGGACAGGUAUCUGCGGUUGAACUUCAGUAAAGGCUGUCCGCCCGUCUUCACCACCCUCAAAUCACUGUACAACAACAAAGAAAAGGUGGCAAUAAUAGAGGAGUUGGUGGUCAGCUAUGAAACGACAUUAAAAAGCUGUCGAAUGUACAACCAGAACGAUGACGGUAAAGAGGAACCACCGACCACAUUGCUCUGGGUGCAGUACUUCCUGGCACAGCACUACGACAUGAUUGGCCAACAGACACUGGCUCUAGAUUACAUCAACGCAGCCAUCGAGAGCACGCCGACGCUCAUCGAACUCUUCCUCAUCAAAGCCAAGAUUUACAAGCAUGCUGGGAACAUCAAAGAGGCUGCUCAGUGGAUGGAUGAGGCCCAGGCUCUGGACACCGCCGACAGAUUCAUCAACUCAAAGUGUGCCAAGUACAUGCUGAAGGCUGGCAUGGUGAAAGAGGCCGAGGAAAUGUGCUCCAAGUUCACACGGGAGGGAGCGUCUGCAGUAGAGAACCUGAACGAGAUGCAGUGCAUGUGGUUCCAGACGGAGUGUGCACUCUCCUACAAGUCCAUGAACAAGUUUGGGGAUGCCCUCAAGAAGUGUCACGAGAUUGAAAGGCAUUUUGUGGAGAUCACAGAUGACCAGUUUGAUUUCCACACCUACUGCAUGAGGAAGAUGACGCUACGCUCCUACGUGGAUCUACUGAAGCUGGAGGACGUGCUGCGGAUGCAUCCCUUCUACUACAAGGCUGCCAUCAGCGCCAUCCAGAUCUACCUGAGCCUCCACGACAAUCCCCUGACUGAUGACAGCAAGGAGCUGCAGGCCGACACCGCUAACCUCUCGGACAAAGAGCUGAAGAAGCUGAGGAACAAGCAGCGGAGAGCCCAGAAGAAGGCGCAGCUGGAGGAGGAGAAGAAGAACGCAGAGAAAGAAAAGCAGCUUAAGAACCAGAAGAAGAAGAAGGAGGAUGAUGACGAGGAGAUCGGAGGGCCGAAGGAGGAGCUAAUACCUGACAAGCUGGUCAAGGUAGAAAAUCCACUGGAAGAAGCGGUCAAGUUCCUGAUGCCUCUCAAACACCUGGUCAAGGACAAAAUAGACACACACCUACUGGCCUUCGAGAUCUACUUCAGGAAAGAAAAAUACCUGUUGAUGCUCCAAUCAGUGAAGAGGGCGUUGGCCAUUGACCCAGACCACCCAUGGUUACACCAGUGUCUAGUACGCUUCUUUAAAGGAGUGUCUGAUAGCAAUGAUCUGCCGGAGGGGGUCAGGACUGUGCUGAAGCAGGAGAUAACCCGGCUGUUCGGAGACAGCAACGCCACAAGCUUCAACCAGGCCUACCUCACCAAGCACUCUAACUCCAUACCACACCGACUGGCUGCUGCUAAGAUGAUGGUGUAUCUGGACUCCUCGACUGAAAUGAAGGCGACAGAGCUGGCCACUGCACUAGAUGAGUCACUCAACAACAGGACCAUACAGAUCUGCACAGAGGUCCUGGACUGUCUUCGGGGUGCCGUGCUGGGCGACUGCAAGGAGCGUGCCGAGUCGUACCGCGCAGAGUGUCGCAAGCUUUACCCCUACACGUUAGCUUUCACACCUCCAGGAUACGAGGAGAACACAAAGAUAGCCAACGGUGACGUUUCCAUGGAAACUGAGGAGCUAGCCAAUGAGAUGUGAGCGUGCGACAGAACAACAGCGGAUGAGAAAAGGAAUUGGGCCAAGCACGAAGCCUUGUGGUACGCCUGGCAGCCAUUUUGUAGAGCCAGACACGGGAAGCGAAAAUGGGUGUUUCGUUCUAUUGGCUCAGCUUAAUCGGGUCUGUCCUGGCAUGGCUUGGCUCUCUCCCACAUGGUGAAAAUCAGGACUGUGUGUGUGUGUGUGUGUGUGUGUGUGUGUGUGUGUGAUGAGAGCAUGUGUGCGGUUGUGUAUAUUUGUGGGAAGCGGGGGGGGGGGUAGAAGAUAACAGAAUGGCCAUUUUACUUUUUUAAUAUUGCUGAAAACCAAGCUGAAUAUGAAAAUAAACAAUAGUUAUUGGCAAACUGUCGGGAGAAACCACAACGGACUGACAUGGACUGUCGGAUUCCUCGGAGAUGAUCAAUAACGGUAGCAGUAACCACUCGACACGCCUACCGAAUACCGAUUUCCCCCUAUUUUAAAAAAGGUAAUUUAAAUGAAAACAGGACGCAGCUGUCACUUUGGGACGAGAGACUGAGCUGAGUGGAUCUGAUCUAUGGCAGAUCUGUAGGAAGCUGAGCAGGAAGAGUUACAGAGGACCCGAAGUAGAUGGCGAGGGCAUCCCGCGACCACCGGCCUUUCUGCAGCUACUGUAACGCUCCAGUUAACUGCUGAUCUACAUGUGGCAGUGCAGCAAACUGAGGAAGGCCUGAUCUCUGCAGGGGCACAGCACCAAGAACGUCACCUCGCAUGUGAACAGUUUUUUUUGUUGUUUUUUGGUCAGACUGUGCUUCCCUCACUAUUCCUGGUUAAAUUUGGGAAUAUGUAAUCCUCUGUCUGUUCAUAUGGAGCAUCUUGUAGCACAGAUUUAAAAACUGUAAAGGUUGUGUGUUGUGCUCCUUUUCAAAUACAAUGCUACUCUAACAUUUUUACAUAGUUCUGAGAGUUGGAUAGAUCUAAGCAAUACAAUAGACCCCUUCCUGUCCAUAAUGGAUCAAUGAAACACAUUAUUGAUGAUGAGCAUUUGUAGAUCUGGUUGGAGUGGUUCCACUGAGCCUCCUGGCAGAGUCACUUGUGUUGUUGCUGUUGUCACUGUUAGAAAUGGUUUUAUCUGCAUGCGCACAGGGACUCCAACAGUCAGAGUGGAAACAUCGUACUUCAGAGGGCUCUUCUCUGCUAAUUAAAAUGGCUUCUCUUAAGGUCAGAGUUCAGUAUCCAUGCCCGUUGCCCGAGGUGACAGAAGUGAAACUGUUACAUGGCGAGUAAACGUAUGAGCAUCUGGAAUUUGUUUUAUUUCUUCCUUUUUCCCCCAAUAAUCUUUUCUUUCCCCUUUUCCUCUAAUUUGGGUUCUAAUGUGAAAGAUGAAAUCUGAGAUGGCGAUGUAUGAUAUCUCUGGAUUUUUGUAUUAAAACCAAACGAAAGAAAACAA